AUGGCCAGCGCUUCGAAUAUCUUGGAAUGCCCGUUCUGCGCCUACAAGAGCCUGGACUCGUACGUGCUUCAGCUGCACGUCGAGGAGCGCCACACCGACGAUUCGCCGUUUGUAGUUAGGGAAGGUCCAGACGCAGUCUAUGACCAACGUCAUCAUGGCUCUUCCUCCGCCAGCUCCCCGAAAGAGGCUCCUGCCGACAAUGACUGCAGAUGGGUGCUCUGUCCCGAUCCGGAAUGCGGCGAGCAGAUUCCCAUCGAAGACCUCAACGAGCACCUCGACCUGCACGACGCCGAGACACUAUUCGAAUCGCAACAGGAAGCAUCAGCACCAGCACUUCAUAGCACAGCAUCGUCACAUUCAUCAUUGUCCGCCAAGCCCCCCAAGAAGCUCGUCAAGAUGCGUCACGGCACGCCCGUCUCUUCCAUUGCUUCGGAGCAUUCUUUCAGUCCCGCUCACGAUGAAAGCUCCGACUCUUCUGCCUUUGCGCUGGACGGAGAGCCCCCGCGCUACCAUCAUCAGUACAGCAAGCAUGAUCACCAUCAUCACCACCAGCAUGGCAAUGUCAAGACCAGGCCCCGCUCCGAUUCGGAGAAGACUUCGCUUCCCCGCUCCAUCACCGACGUCCUGGGCUUUUCCAGCAGCAAGAAGCCGGACAAGGGUAAGCAGCCAGGUACUCGUAGCGCCCGUCUAGGUAAAUCAGAGUUGGGCCCGUACGCGUUUGAGGAGCAGAUGCCACGAUGGCUUUACAAGCAGAUUGAAGCCGGACCCAAGACCUCUGUCGUCAACCACAUCGGUCGCGACGGCAGGCUGAUCAAGCACACGCUCAUCGACAAUGAGACUCCCGCAGUCUUGCCAAUUCUUGCCCAGUUGUGCAGUCUCGACAGAAGUGUCGACCAGGCUUAUUUAUGCCACCCGAGCACAGUCCACAUCUUCAAGAGACCGAAAGAAGGUGGUUUCUGUGGCUACCGCAACCUUCAGAUGCUGAUCUCAUACAUCCAAGGCGCUAAGGCGCAGGGCCACACCCUGUUUCCUCCCGGAACGCCUGGUAUCCUUGUCUUGCAGGAUUUGAUUGAGCAAGCCUGGGAUAUGGGUAUCAAUGAAGUCAGUCGCAUCCAGACGGGUGGCAUCAAGGGCACUAGGAAAUACAUUGGCACUCCAGAGGUCCAAGCGUUACUUCGUAGUCUUAGGAUUGACCAUGGCCUUCGGAUCUUCAGCGAUAGCGCCGAGACUGGCCAGGCUCACGAGCAACUCCUGAACUACGUGGAGUCUUACUUCAAAGAAGGCAGAACGCAGGAGCAGCGAGAGAGGCGUCCCAAAAUCAUCAAGACGCACCUCCCGCCCAUCUAUUUGCAACAGCCUGGUCACUCCGUCACCAUUGUCGGUUAUGAGCACCACAAGGAUGGCAAGCGUAACCUUCUGGUGUUCGAUCCGAUGUUCCAUACCUCACCGGGCAUGAGCAAGAUCCUUGGACGGCGCGAUCUCAGGGGCCAUCGGCCGGAGGUGCUUCAGGCGUAUCGGAGGGGCAACCGGCAGCUCAAGAGACACAGCGAUUACGAGCUGAUCUCAUUGAAAGCACACCCGCCGCUUUUCCCGGUGUGGGACGUACUCGAGCAAUAUGGCGAUCAUCCCUUCGUCUAUACCUUCUUCUGCGUUCCGUCCUUCACCUACGAUGUCAUCCCUGAGGAUGAGUUUCCGAUUGUGUUUCCUUGGUGGCGCUAUGGCUGUCUUUUCUGCACCGGUCAUGCACGCUUUGCUCAUCAGCCUCGUACGAUUGAUUACUUCGAUGACUUUGACUGUUUCAACGUUGAAAGAGUUCACCAAGAGACCGACACUGGCUUGCUUGGUGGCAUGCCUCCGCUCCAAGACACAGGGUACCUCAACUGGGUCGGAAUGUUUGACAAGAUCAAACGAGCAUCAGCUGGCUUCAAUGUGGAAGCAAGGAACCGACUGCAUCAAGCGCUGAGAAGUGCUCAGCCUGACAACGAAAGUACUACCCUACUCAACGAUAUCCUUGAAGCCGACCAUUCCGCCGCCUUCCACAACAGGCGCGACUCAGGCACCGAGAUUCUUGGACACACCGUGCCAUUCACGAACCCGUUCUCAGCACCAUCUGCUCCUUCUCAGAACGUCUCAACCGCACCAAUGACGCAAACUGCCAUCCAAUCUCCGCGGCGCCCUUCCAUCACUCCCCGCUACAACAGCAACCACCGCUUCAAUGCCCCCCUCCGCUCCGUCUCCCACCUCCUCAAGCACCGCCAUCGCCGGCGCCACGACCAGCAGUCCUCCACCGACGAGACUACCACUCCUCCUCUCCGUCACGCUCCCGAAUUUUCAGCCGCCCCUCCUCCUGUCGUCGACUUCGGCUCCGUCGACCUGGCGCUCGCCUUCUCGCCCGAUCCCUCGACCGCAGAAAUCGUCUUCUCGUCCUCUUCGUCCGCAUCGUCUCCGCCUUUUGCUUUCGUCGGCGGCAGGAACGACAGGAACAGCGCUGACGGCGGCAAUACUACUACUACCUUUAACAAACGGCCGCCGACGCCGAUCCAGGAGCUACGCGACUUCUUCUUCGAGCGCUCGGCGGAAGGUGUGAGCACGCCCGUCUUUUACGGCACGGGCGGGAACGAUGUGUCGAAGGGAUGGAGGGCGAAGAUGGGGGCGGAGUGGUGA